AUGCACGCGCCGCUCACGAACCCCAUGCGUGACUCCGCCGUCGUCCCCGAACGCGCGAGGAAGAACAUGGUGGAGGUGAGGAAAGGCGAUAUCAUCACCAUCCCGAUCCAGGCGGCUGAUCAGCGCACGGAGGUGUGGGCGGUCUUCCGGCUUCAAGUUGUCUGCCUCUGCAACUACUCAGAGCUGACGGUUUGCUUUUCACCUCAAUCUGUUCUCGUGCCUGGUACGGGGGUGCACUACCGCUACGUACACACAGAACCGCAGCGCUGGCGCACCCGCACGCGGCCCCCGGGCAUGUACGCGCACAUCCUCACCUUCCUCCACGGCAACCCGAGCAACGGGAACCGCGCGUGUCGGGUGGAAGCUCGCGGUGGCUGA